GGGGCCGGGCGGCGCAUGCGCGGCGCGGGGCGGGGCCGGGCGGGCAGCGCGGAGGAGGAAGGCGACAAAAUGGCGUCGACGGAUUACAGUACCUACAGCCAAGCUGCAGCUCAGCAGGGCUACAGCGCCUAUGCACCUCAGCCAGCUCAAGGAUAUGCACAGACCACCCAGACGUACGGGCAGCAGAGCUACGGGACCUACGGGCAGCCCGCGGACGUCAGCUACAGCCAGCCCCAGAGCACGGCCACCUACGGGCAGACCGCCUACGCCACGUCCUACGGGCAGCCCCCGACCGGUUACAGCGCCCCGAGCGCGCCCCCCGCCUACCCCCAGCCCGUGCAGGGCUACGGCAGCGCCGCCUACGACACCAGCACGGCCACGGCCACCACCACCCCGACGUCCUACGCCGCGCCCACCGCCUACGGCACACAGCCCGCCUACCCGGCCUACGGGCAGCAGCCGGCCCCCGCCGCACCCGCCAGACCCCAGGAUGGCAGCAAACCAGCAGAGACCAGCCAGCCCCAGUCCAGCACGACAGGCUACAGCCAGCCCAGCCUGGGCUACGGGCAGAGCAACUACAGCUACCCCCAGGUGCCUGCCAGCUACCCCAUGCAGCCCGUCACCGCUCCUCCCUCCUACCCCCCGACCAGCUAUUCCUCCACACAGCCAAGCAGUUACGAUCAGAGCACUUACUCCCAGCAGAGCAGCUACGGGCAGCAGAGCUCCUACGGCCAGCAGACCAGUUAUGGGCAGCAGAGCAGCUACGGGCAGCAACCCCCUCCCACCAGCUACCCCCCUCCCAGCGCAUCCUACAGCCAGGCCCCCAGCCAGUACAGCCAGCAGAGCAGCAGCUACGGCCAGCAGAGCUCGUUCCGCCAGGACCAUCCCAGCAGCAUGAACAUGUACGGGCAGGAAUCCGGAGGCUUCUCCGGCCCAGGAGAGACCCGGAAUCUGAGCGGCCCCGAUAGCCGGGGCAGGGGACGAGGGGGAUAUGAUCGAGGAGGCAUGAGCAGAGGUGGGCGGGGAGGAGGACGCGGUGGAAUGGGGACACAUGGAGGAAGGACCCGACCUGGAUUUAGGCCCCCCUAUGGACCCGGAGGAGGACUCGGACAGCACUGCAGUGUAUGUGCAGGGACUCAACGAUAAUGUGACCCUGGAGGACCUGGCAGAUUUCUUCAAACAGUGCGGUGUUGUCAAGAUGAACAAGAGGACGGGGCAGCCCAUGAUAAACCUGUACAUCGACAAAGAGACCGGCAAGCCCAAAGGUGACGCCACCGUGUCCUACGAUGACCCGUCUACUGCCAAAACAGCUGUGG